AUGUCCAGGGAUAGGAUUUAUCAAGUUGGCGUCGUUUUUGAACACGACGUGCUGACAGAUAGUAGCGAUGAAGUAGAAUCGACGAGCGCAACUUGUUCGGAGCGGGACGAAAAACUGCCUUCCGCAGCGCAAAAUGCACCACGCUCUUUGGGAGGUGUUCCAGACUCGAUUGAGCGAGCGCGGCGAGAUCAGAAGCAGGAACGGUAUCAAAGGUUCGAUGCCUCGCAGGGAACUAGGCGAAUGACAUCUAUGGAGCGCUCUGGAACGUCAUUUUCUCUGGCGGGAGGUGUCCAAAGCGAACGCAGCGCUGGUGCUGUCUCCGCGGAGACCGCUGAUAACGACGAGGCACUUUUCCAAAAGUUUUGUGCGUCACUGCUGGCUCCUUCUGCUACGGCUGCACUAGAUGAGCUGCUUUUCGAGGAUGAUGGGGACUUCGAACUCAGACAGGUCGACUUUGAGAACUCUGAACCCAACGAAGAAUACCGCGCAGACACAGGCGCACGCAUCAGCUCUGAAGAACUCUACCAAUUGGUUGCAGAGGACUGCCAGCGAACGCUUCCAGGAAAUGAAAUGAAAGAGAGCGCAGAAAGUUUUCGGUCGACGACAACGCCGCACCGCGCUUUUACUGAAGCAACGCCAAGACGGCCACGAGUGCACCGGGAAUCGCCGUCGGUCGGAAACGCUUCAUGUGAACGCGAACGGCUUUUCCAGAUGCUCAAGUUCAAGCUCUUCAAACCGGAGCAAGAAAGAGAGCUCUCGAAGCAACUCCACAUUCACGUGCAGCUUCUUCUUCACAUUCUGUUGAUUUCUUCGCAACGUCGCGCGAAUAUUGACCUAUCGCCUGAACAUGUUGUUCAUCGCCAACGUGCUCGGGAAGCAGCUUGGAUGAUGCUUGAUGACUUGCGGCGAAAGCGGGACGUCGCCCGCGAGUACCGCAGAGCGCUGGGUGGUAUCGAGCGAACGUUUUUCGACGCGAUGCCCCUUGAUUUGCUGGAACAAAUCGAGCAGCUGCUUGUCAAACCGGCAUUAUCGAAUCCGGAUGGCCUCGUAACAGCAGUAGAGGCAAAACGUGCCUAUGCCGUCCUCGAGAGCCAUCCAAGCAUGAUUUUACCAGAAUACCGUUUAGCAUACGGCGUCGAUAUCGAGUCGGAUCCGAAUAUUUUACGAGCUCUGGCUAGCAGCGCCGAUGCAGAACUAUUCUGGACUGAGGCCGAGGAUACGCUCUUGGAGCGGUGUUUGAGCAGGCACGGCGUUAUGUGGCAGGAGCACAUCGACGAUUAUCUACCGCACAGGAACCUCGAAGAAUGCGUCGGUCGCUAUCGACUAUUGACUCGCCGGGAUGCCCCCGCAAAUCCUAUCAAAACCUUGAAGUUGAAGGCACAGCAGCCGCUGUCGGUACAGGAAAUAGAAUUGCUGCGUCACGGCGUGAUGACCUAUGGUGAGUGUUGGGAUGCAAUCCAAGCCUUCCUCCUUCCGGGUCGUGAUAAGGUUCUACUCGAGCGCGUUUGGAGACGCGUUUCCAUCAGGGCUCGCAAGGAACUUCGUCGAAGGCGCCGACGUCAAGAGGCAUCUUUACGUCAGGCGUCGGGCGAGGGGUUGCAGCGAACGCCAGCUCCAGUUGUUGUUCACGACAGCCGUCACGUAACGGAACGCCCACGGACGGACGGUACAGAAGCCCGACACGCUCAGACCGAGCGCUGUCAGGAGCUGAUGUGGGAACCAUUUUCGCCGCAGGAGGAUCGCGAGCUUCUUCUUCUCGCUCGACAGUAUCUAGGCUCCAUGAGCGAAUCUGCCGCAUUUGAACUCGUGGCCCAAAAAAUGCAAAGGAAGCGCCCGCCAGAAGCGUAUCGAGCAAGAGCAUGCGAACUUAUCGCGCUGCUUUAG